AUGUGGAUAUCAGAACAAAGCAACCGGCCGGAUACCUCUAGGCCGCCUAGGCGGAACAACCAACCAGAAGUUACAGGCGCUGCACCCACGCGCCGUAGCCCAGGAGAUCCCAUCCCUAUACCGCACACGACAGCGGCCUCGCAGUUCCUGUAUGGCGCUUCCGCUGUCCUUGCCGCCCUGAAAGCGGGAAAGCGAAAACUCUACAAGCUGUAUCUGCACCAGCGAGCAGCACGAGACGCGGAUGGCGAUAGUGCCUUCCAGAUCAAGCGUCUCGCCGAGAAGGCCGGGGUUGAGCUUGUGCAGGUACAAGACGACUUCUUACGUGUUAUGGACAAGAUGGCAGACUGGCGUCCGCACAACGGCUGCGUACUUGAGGCCUCGCCCUUGCCCAAGCUUCCUGUGACCGGCCUCGGCGAGGUAUCGCCUGGCCAGUCAACGUUCGCGGUGACCGUCAGCCACCAGUCGAAGGAGGAGAGAGAUAUCAAUGGCUCCAACGACAAGAUAUCAUAUAACAGCCACGGAUGGCGGCAGCCAUUUGUUCUCCUCCUUGAUCAUGUCGUUGAUCAAGGCAACCUAGGUGCGGUAAUGCGCACCGCCUACUUCCUGGGCGUCGACGCCGUCGCUAUCAGUACACACGCUAGCGCUUCUCUCACCCCAGCGGCGACCAAGGCAUCUGCUGGUGCCGCGGAAGUCGUGCAGACCUUUGCUGUCGAAAAGCCCAACGAGUUCGUUGAGAUGAGCAGGAACAACGGCUGGCAAAUCUUCGCCGCUGAAGCGCUCGAGGAUCCCAACUCUCCUAAAGAGCGCUCGGCUGCAGAUUCUCAACAAACUCCGCCUUUCGUCGCACUGCUGAAAUCGCGACGCGGCAAGGUCCGAAUAAUGCCCUUCAGAACACCGCUCGCGGAACAACCCUGUCUCCUGAUGCUUGGUGGCGAAGGCGAAGGACUGACUAAAAAGUUGCGAAGUCUAGCACACUAUGAAGUUGGCAUUCCUUCCGUACCAGGUAAGAAGGAUGUAGGCGUCGAUAGCUUGAACGUUAGUGUCGCAGGCGCCCUACUUUGUAUGGAGUUUCUGAGGAAGCCGGCCGAUCUCAAGACCCAAGCUCUUCCAGACACCAGCAACGAUGAGCAAGAGAAGUUAUUUGAUGUUUCUCCCGCGUCCGCUACUUGA